AUGUGGCAUGACAGGAAUGGUACGGCUCAGUUGCAGCUAGACGUUGAUUGGACAAUGCACACUAUGCAGGAGUAUGUUCAGCUUAUCGGCGAAACCACGAAUGAUGCAGAUGCCGCCAGGCUAGCCGAGGAAGCCAUUAACGCGCCCUUACUUUUCUUCUACGGCACCCUCUUUGAGCUUCCCUCGGUGCAGAGGCUCCGUAGCAACCCUUCGUUUGUGUGGAUCCCACAAGUAAUGGAGGUCCUGUGCUACGGGAUGGUGGAUGAACUGCGUCGUCUCCCUGGCAGUGUCCAGGCCCAUCUGACACCGUUGGUCUACGAAAAGAUGAAUAAGUUGUCUGUCCUUUCUCUCUGCGGCCGCGAUGACAUGAAUGUUGGUCUCUGCAUUCGAACGGUGCAAGAAACCAUCGGCGCCGCCAUGCCCUUAGAGGCGGAAGAGCUGCUUAUCGACAUGAUGUCUGAUGGGUUGUUGCGUGGGCGCAUUGACCAACGCGGAGGUACGGUGGUCUUGCAGGAGUUUGAAGUGCGCGAGGUGCGACGCGAGGAUGUUGCGAAGAUACGGGAAAAGCUGGAGGCGUGGUGCUGCAACUGCGAUACGCAGCUUGAGAUGUUGGCGAAGAUGAUGGGGGAGUGA